CCGUCAUCCUCUUCGUCUCACCGCCGGUCUGAACUCUGAAGGAACCAACUCAACCAAGGGAGUAGGAACAGGACAGAUACAGACCCGCCACCCGCAAACUCGCCGUUGCCGCCCAGUCGCCGUUGCUUUUCCGGUCGAACUCGUCGUUGCCUCGCCCUUCUGCUCUGUGACUCUGUCAAACAGGUAAGCUCCAGUUCUGUAAUCUGCUUCUGCUCGGUUCUACACUAGAAGUUUAAUGAUUGUUCUGUGAAAAAUGCAUUACACCCGCUCUAUUCUGCAUUGCACUUGUAAGUUGUAAACUUACUUUUUUUCUGCACUUCUUGCUGACUUGCUGUUAUGAAUAUGAAUAUGCUUGUUGAAAUUGUUAAGCUGAAUAUCCUUGUUGAAAGCUUGAAAUAUGAAACUGUUGAAUAUGCUUAUUGAAAUUGCUAAGCUGAAUAUCCUUGCUGACUUGUAAGUUGUAAAUUUGUUGUUUUGUUGAUUUGUACUGGAGAUAUGAAACUGUUGAAUUAUAUGCUUGAUUUGAAUCUAUGAAAUAUGAAUAUGUUUGUCUUGCUGAAUAGGGAAUUUAACUAUUUAAGCAUUUAAGGUUGCUGUCUUACUUAAUAGGGAAUAGGAACUAGGGAAUUUACUAAUUUAGGAUUGUUAUUGUUUUAUAAUUUUGCGGUUUUGCUACUCCAUAUUCUUUUAGAAUGUCUGUUGUGAAUACACCAUCAGAAACACCAUCUUCGCAAGAACAAGGAUCAACUGCUGAUGCAUCAAUCGGAACCCAAAAAAACAAUAAUAGAGCAAAAAAUGAUCCUGCAUGGGGUCAUUGUAAACAAGUUGUGGAGUCUGGAAAAACAAUUCUGCUAUGCAUAUAUUGUGAGAAGCUUAUUAGGGGUGGAGGAAUUCAUCGGUUUAAGCUUCAUUUGGCUGGAAAAGGAGGAGAUGUUGAGUCUUGUCGAAAGGUGCCAGCUGCAGUGAGACACCAAUUCCAUGAAAGUAUUGAAGAGCUUCGAAGCAAGAAAAGAAAAACUCAAGAACAAUAUGCCGAAAGUUAUAAUGCUUGUGAUGAUGUUGAAAGAGAAUUUGACGAGAUCGAACGUAAUGAGAUGCAACAACAACAAAAAUCCAGGGUUCCAACACCUAUCUCUAGAAAAGGAAAACAAGUCAAAGGUUUACAAUCCUAUUUUCCAUCGGCAACAACACCCGGAGCUCAACCAACUAUCAAAAGCGUUCUUCAAAGCAAAGAAAUUGUGGAGAAGUGUGAUAUUGCUAUUGUGAAAUAGAUGGUGGAUGCCUCUGUUCCAUUUAAUGCGGUUAAUUCAGCUUACUAUCAGCCAAUGAUUGAUGCUAUUGCAAGCAUGGGUGCAGGGUAUAAAGGGCCAAGUUAUCCAAGAGUCCGUGGGUAUUUGUUGAGUAAAUUAGUUGAGGAUGUGAGAAAAAUGAUUGAUGGUUAUCGUGAGAUUUGGAAGCAAACUGGAUGCACUAUUAUGGCCGAUGGAUGGACUGAUCGUUGUAGGCGUACUUUGAUUAAUUUUUUAGUUUAUUGUCCUAAAGGAACUGUUUUUCUAAAGUCAGUUGAUGCUUCUAAUAUCUCAAAAACUGCUGAAAAUUUGUUUAAGUUGUUUAGGGAUGUUGUAUUGUUUGUUGGUCCUGAGAAUGUUGUGCAUAUUGUAACGGACAAUGCUGCAAACUAUGUUGCUGCGGGAAGAUUGUUAGAGGCUGAGUUUCCUAAAUUGUAUUGGUCCCCUUAUGCAGCUCAUUGUGUUAAUCUGAUGUUUCAAGAUAUUGGGAAGUUGCAAGAAGUGAGUCAAACUGUGUCACAAGCUUCACUGAUCACUAAGUAUAUCUAUAAUCAUUGCUAUCCACUAUUCUUGAUGAGAAAGUUUACAAGUGGGCGGGAAAUACUUCGUCCAGCUCCAACUCGGUUUGCUACUAAUUUCAUUGCUUUGCAAAGUAUUUUAGCUCAAAAGGAUCCUUUGAGAGCUAUGGUGACUUCUAAAGAAUUUACAAGCUCAGCUUACUCCAAAGAAGCCAAAGCUAAGAAAUUUGUGGAUCAAGUCUUGGAUUCUAAAUUUUGGAGUCAAUGCACUGAUAUUGUUAAGCUUACCUCGCCACUUGUUCAUGUUUUACGUAUUGUGGAUAGUGAAGACAGACCUGCCAUGGGUUAUCUUUAUCAAGCUAUUUAUAAGGCUAGAGAAGAAAUGGUGAUGAGGUUUCAGAAAAGAAAGAAGGUUGUUGAUCCUUAUUUGAAGAUUUUGGAUACCCGUUGGGAUGCACAACUUAAGAAAAAUCUUCAUGCCGCUGGUUAUUGGUUAAAUCCAGCUUUUCGAUUUAAUGCUGGAGAAUUUGAAAAGCACAAAGAAACGAUUUCUGGCUUGUUGGAUGUCAUUGAGAAAUAUACUUAUGAUGAUCCUGUAUUGAACUCUAAGCUGACAAGUGAGAAGAGGAUCUUUAAGAUUGCUGAGAAAGAUUUUGGAAGACCCUCUGCAAUACGUGAACGAACCACUGUUAUGCCAGGUGAAAUUUCUUCAUAAAUUUGGUCUUUUACUAUUGUGAUGUAUUUAUUAUGUGAUAUUUAUGAUUGUGAUAAAUUAUUUAUCUAUUUUUUAUGUUAAGAUCAAUGGUGGGAAUCUUAUGGUUGUGGAGCCCCAAAUUUGCAAAAGUUGGCUAUUCGUGUUUUAAGCCAGACUUGUAGCUCUUCAGGUUGUGAGCGUAACUGGAGUAUUUUUGAACACAUUCACUCAAAGAAGAGGAAUCGGUUAGAGCAUCAAAAACUUAAUGAUCUUGUUUAUGUUCAUUACAACUUAAGGUUACAACAAAGGUACUUUUUUUAUUGUUUUAAGUUGAAAGCAUUAUUUUAAAAUCUUAAUCAUCACAUGAGUAACGAAAUAUAUUGAUAACAUAGGAACCAAAUGAGAAACCAAGUUUAUGAUCCAAUUUGUCUUGAUGCAUUUGAGGAUCAUUCGGAAUGGAUACUGGAAGAUUCACCACCAUUUUUAACUCCUGAAGAAAUUGAUGCUUUACGAAAUGAUCUUGCAAAUAUGUCUCUUCAAUCACCUUUAGAUGAUUUAGAUCAAUUGGAUUUGGAAGAUGAUCGGGAGGAUGAUGGAGCUAAUAAUUCUGUGAAAAAUGCAAAUCAAAAUGAAACCAAUCAGGAUGUAGCUCCACAUUGGUCAGAUGAAGAGCAACUUGCCGACUUCGAAAUCACUCCUUGGAUUUAGUUUAUGAAUUGUUAUCCAUAUUAUGUUUAAUUAAGAUACUAAUGUACUGGUACUAACCACUUUCAUGUUUAUCUUUGUAUUAGUUAUAUUUAGACUUUGAAACUUGGUUGUUUUUAAAAUGUUGGUGAAGAACUAAUGAUAUGUAUUUUGAAUUUAUUAAGUUUAUGACUAUUUUUAAUAUUUUAUAUUUUUUAUUCAUGUGAAACCGGUUUUACCGGUUCAACCAGCGGUUUAUCGGUUGAACCAAUAAACCAGUGAACCAGUAACCUGACCGGUUCGAUCACUGGUCCGGUUCUUACAAC